UUUAAUGUGAAUAAUAAAUUAAAUUUCAAAUACAAAAAUAAACUAAAAGUAAAAAAUCAUUAUAAUAAAUUAUCAAUAACGGAAAUAAACUAACACCAAAUCACAUCAACUAGUUUUGGUUCUCUCUACCAUCGUUCACUUUAUUUUCUUCAAGUGGCAUAGUGAAAUCUUCAUUAAAAUCUAAAAAACACAAAUAUAAAACUGAAAAUGAAAAAUCUAACUUUUUUUGUCAAUAUAUAACUUCUUAAUUAGAAAUUUAGAAUAUAAAACAUAAUUAAAAAUUAAAAAAGAAGUAAAAGUUAUUUAUUGGUUCAACCAGUGGUUCAACCGGUACCGGGUUCCGAGUUUUAUUGGGUUUUUGUGGGUUUUGCGGGUUUCUAAAUAUUUGGUUUUCACAAAACCCAAACCAAUUUUUUUCUGGAUUGCGGGGUUUACCGGUUCAACCACGGAUCCGGGUCGGGUUUCAGAACACUGUAUAAAAGGCAGUGUUUUGAAACCCGACCCGGACCCGCGGUUGAACCGGUAAACCCGGUGACCCAGAAAAAAUCCGGUUUGGGUUUUGUUAAUAAUUCAAUAUUUAAAAACUCACAAAAACCCGAAAAAAUCCACUAAAACCCGGAAUCCAAUACCGGUUGAACCACCGGUUAACCCAAUAAAUAACUUUUACGUCAUUUUUUAGUUUUUAGAUUAUGUUUUAUAUUUUAAGUUUUUAAUUAAGAAGUUAGUUACUGACCAAAAAAAAAGUUGAUCCGCAGUUGACCCAGUGACCCAUCGACCCGGUAAGUCGUCCGGUUCAGUGUCCGGGUCGGGUUUAAAAACAUUGAUAAAAGGGUAUAUCAAAUGAUAUAUGAUAUAUCUAUACUAAACCAUAACGUAAUGUUCUGGUUUAUAUAGGAAAUUCGUUUGGUAAACUGAAAGUCAAUACAUUUAUUCGUUUGAGUAUAAUUCGGUCAUUCCGCCACUAGUAAAAUACAUCGCUACAGCCACGAACAUGCCACACGAUUUUCGUAGCAAAAACGUAAGAGCUACGAUGUAGUUACGAUAUGCUACGAAAAAGAAAACGUAGCCCUUUUCUUGCAAAACAUAGCAAAGCUUGCUACGAAAUUGCUACGAAUAUAUUCGUGGCAAUGUUCUCCUACGUUUUGCUACGUCUUUGACGUGGGUAUCGCUAUAUAUUAAUAUUUUAUCUUAGUCGGCCAGAAAAAAACAAAAAAAUAAGCUUGCCACGAACAGAUUCGUAGCAAGCCGUGGCUAGCCCACCGAAAAAAAAUCCCAUCAAUCCAAUCCUGCACUUAAGGCAGUGAUAAAUACAAAAAACUAAGCCACGAAAAUGUUUCAUGGUAAAUUUCGUGACUAGUUUUCUCAGUGCAAUCACAUCCGUCUGGUUGUGUGCAGAAAAGAUUCUAAUAUUUGCCACGAAACUAAUCGUAGCAAAACCGUAGCAAUUUUAGUGGUAAUUCGUAGCAAAAAAUGUAGCAAAUAUCGUGGCAAAUCAUGGCAAAAACGUGGCAAGGUAUUUUCUAUAUAAGCAAGCAAACCUACGAGAGUUCUAUCACAUUGCAAACCAUAACAACAAUCGUGAAAUCAAACCAUUUUUCCCUUGUGUUAAAAAAAAAACCAUUUUCCCAAAAUAAAAAAAAUAGAGAGAAAUUUCAAUGUCUUAUUAUUUUCAAAAUCGAGAGUGGAUGGAUCGACACAUUGAUCCAGUUGAUAAUAAUGUUUCGAGAGAAUUUAGCGAAGGUGUUGAAGUUUUUAUCGCAUUUGCCUCGAGUCAAAAUUCUUUUAUGGAGCGAAAAACCAUGCUAUGUCCUUGUGUAAGUUGUGGAAACCGAAAGCAACGUGAUGUAAGAACCGUAUCCCGCCAUCUUUACCGAGUCGGCUUCAAAAGUAAUUAUUAUGUAUGGUCAAGCCAUGGAGAAACCUACUAUGACGCUGGAGAAUCUUCGACGGGAGGUCAAUUUAUGGGAGAUGAAGCAAGAUAUGUAGGCGGACCAUAUGAAGAGAACAUUCCUGGAGGAGACUUUGGGUCAACUGAAAUACCGGAGAAUUUGAUGGAGGAACCCAACGAAGAGCAAUAUGAAGAAGGAGUGUUUGAAGCUUUUGAAGCCGCUAAUCAACCACUAUAUGAUGGAUGUGUUGAAGGUAUUUCUCAACUAUACUUGGCAUCUCGUUUAAUGAAAGUAAAAACUGAUCAUAAUUUGGCGGAGUCAUGUAUGGAUGAGUUAUCACAAACUUUUAGAGAUGUUUUGCCACAACCAAAUAUAGCUCCUGAGUCAUAUUAUGAGAUGAAGAAGCUGACGAAGUCGCUUGGCCUCCCUGUCGUGAAGAUCGAUAUUUGUGAAGAUAAUUGCAUGUUAUUUUGGAAAGAAGAUCGCGAGUUGAUGGCGUGUCGGUUUUGUGGAAAAGAUAGAUAUCACCAGAAGAACCAUGGAAAAGGGAAAAGGCGUCCAAAACAGAGAAUGUUCUAUUUGCCUAUUACGGAGAGGUUGAAGCGUCUUUACCAACAAGAGGCUACUGCAUCACAAAUGCGAUGGCACGCAGAACAUGAGUCGCCAGAAGGAGAAAUGCACCACCCUUCUGAUGCAGCAGCGUGGAAGCAUUUUAACAAGGUAUAUCCUGAUUUCGCUGCGGAAAGUCGAAAUGUUUAUCUAGGAUUAGCAACAGAUGGAUUUAAUCCAGUGGGUAUGAGCGGUGAAUCCCACUCGGUCUGGCCCGUCAUCGUAACCCCAUAUAACCUACCUCCUGGUAUGUGUAUGAAAAGAGAAUAUUUCUUUUUAUCAGUACUAGUUCCUGGGCCAAGGCAUCCAAAGAAGAGCAUUGAUAUCUAUCUGCAGCCGUUAAUUGAAGAACUAAAAAGUUUGUGGAGCGAUGGAGUCGAAGCCUAUGAUGUCUCGAAGAAGCAAAAUUUUACGAUGCGAGCCGCACUAAUGUGGACAAUUAAUGACUUUCCCGCUUACGGCAUGAUGUCCGGAUGGAUGACUCAUGGCCGUUUAGCUUGUCCAUAUUGUCUUGAUGAUACAAAGUCUUUUUGGUUGCAACAUGGAAGGAAGCAUAGCUGGUUUGACUGCCAUAGAAUGUUCUUGCCUAGGGAGCAUCCUUACAGAAGAAAUGUCCAAGCUUUUCGAAAGGGGCAGACGGUAACUGAUGAUCCUCCACCAUGGUUGACGGGAGAAGAAAUUCUUCGCGAAAGAAUCAACAACAUCGAAGGACUGAAGGAAACGGUCGAUUGUGGAGGAAAUGGACACGAGAAACCUGCAAGCACUAUAAACGGCUACGGCAAAGACCACAAUUGGGUGAAGAAAAGUAUCUUUUGGGAGUUGCCGUAUUGGGAAAACCUGCUUCUUCGCCAUAACCUGGACUUCAUGCACGUUGAGAAAAAUUUCUUCGAUAAUCUUAUCAACACGGUGCUUAAUGUUCCCGGGAAGACAAAAGAUAAUGCAAAGUCGAGGAUGGAUCUACCUGAUUUAUGCAGACGGUCUGAGUUACAUAUGAAGGAUGAUGGAACGAUGCCAGUCCCGAUAUUCCGGUUGUCGAAGGAGGAUAAAAAAGAAUUUCUGCGAUGGUUGAAAAAUGAUAUAAAAUUUCCAGAUGGAUACGCUUCAAAGUUUAGUAGGUGUAUAGACGAGACGAAUAGCAAGAUUUCAGGUCUGAAAAGUCAUGAUUGUCACGUCAUUAUGCAGCGACUUCUCCCAUUCGCGUUUAAGGAAUUACUUCCCAAAAGUGUUCACAUUGCCAUUUCAGGUACAUAAUCUUAAUAAUUAGUUUGAUAUGUGUUAUGAUUUCUAACUCCUAUUAUUUUUUUGUAGAGAUAGCACUCUUCUUUCGUGAUAUAUCUGCGAAGAUACUUAAGCACGAAGAUGUUGCCAUUUUGAAAGAAAACAUUGCGGUGAAGCUUUGCAAUUUGGAGAAGAUUUUUCCACCUUCGUUCUUCGAUGUUAUGGAACAUCUGACCGUACAUUUAGCAGACGAAGCUGCUUUAGGUGGUCCAGUGCAAUAUAGAUGGAUGUAUCCUUUUGAGCGAUACAUGUACCAUCUGAAAAAGAAAGUUAAAAAUAAGGCACACAUUGGAGGUUCCAUCGUUGCACAAUAUGUGAAUGAGGAAAUAUCUACCGCUUCUGCUAACUUCUUUGGUAAUCCACAAGUGGUACCUGAGGUUCCACUUCCCGGAGAAGUUCGGUUUACAUAUCAAUAUCCAGAUGUGCCUAACUUGUUUUAUCACGAAGGUCGGGUUAGUGGAAAAUCUGAAGAGAAAUGGCUAACCGAUGAUGACUACACCGUCCUCCAGACUUUUCUGAUGCUCAAUUGUGAUACAUUCGAACCCUACGAAAGGUACUUUGAUUUUUUUUCUUGGUUAUUGUUUUAGAAUAUCUGAAGUUAUAAUCUCUUAAAAAAAUUCACAGGAUGUUCGAGGAGUUUGUGAUGGAGAGAAACCCGUAUAUGUCUGGUAAUGACCUACAAAUACUGAAAGACCAACAAUUUGCCGAAUGGGUGAAAAACUAUGUGAGUUUCCGAGAUUAUUUGAUUUAUAAUUUGAAUGAAACUUAUCAAUUAUAGAUAUAAAUUAAAUUAACAGGUUGUGCAAGCGAGUAACACAUAUGAGUUUCCGAUGUGGAUGUUGGAUUUUGUACAAGGUCCGCAACGUAAGUAUAAAUCUUGGCCGAUUUACCAUUCACGUGGCUACUGCUUCCACACACAUAGCCAUGGACAAGAUAAGAAAACCCAACAUUACGGUGUCCAAGUUCGUGGAACCACAGAUACUGACUAUUACGGUUUGAUCGAGGAGAUAAUGAUGGUUGAGUAUUUUGGUUCUGUUGGACUGAAGGCCAUGGUUUUUAAAUGUAAGUGGUUUGAUACAACUGAAGGUCGGGGAAUUCGAAAACAUAAUUCAGGAAUCGUUGAUGUGUCUCCGCGCUGGCAGUAUGAGAAAUAUGAUCCAUUUAUCUUAUCUGGUAAUUGUGAUCAAGUUUGUUUUAUUCCUUAUCCGCGGGUACGACAUACAUCAGCCAACGAUUGGUGGGCAUGUACAAAAGUUAUGCCUAGAGGGGUUCGAGAAACGUCUGAGGAUGCUCUUGUUGCGUUACAAGAUGAUACACACAACCAAGUUGUUGCACGGAGCGUGAUGGUGCGCAUUGAGACGUAUGUUGUCGAAGAUGAUUCAGAUUAUGAAUCCACGCCAAAUGUUCCUGCUAAUGACGAAUACAUUUCAGAAGAUGAAUUAGACGAGGCUUGUACUGAUUCGGAUUCUGAAUCUGAUUCAAGUUCUUAGUAAGUUUGUUGUUUAUGAAGUUUUUAAAAAUUGUAAUAUAAAUAAGUAAUCACUUGGUAAUUUGUAGUUUAUGAAGUUUAAAAUUUUUGUAAUAUAAAUAAGUAAUUUUUGAAGUUUUAAAAUUUAUGAAGUUUUAAAUUUAUGAAUUUUUUAAAUUUGUAAUAUAUAAUAAAUUUUUAAUUUAUGAAGUUUAAAAUUUGGAAAUAUGAAGAUAACUAGAUUUCUUAGUUUUAAAAUGUUAAUAUAUUCUUAAUUUCUAAUUAAUAGUUUUGAGAUUUCAAAAAAAAAAAUUUUAAAACCUUACUAAACCCUAAACCCUAUCUAUACCCUAAAUCUAUUUCCCACCACAUAAUAAACCCAAAAAUUUUCCCUCCUAAACCCAAAACCCAUUUCCCUCCUAAACCCAAAACCCAUUUCCCUCCUAAACUAAAGCCCAAUUUCUAUACUUAAGAAAUUUUUUCCCCUCCACAAUUUUAUCACGUGUCUCUCUCUCUCACGGAGUCUCUCCUUCUGAAACUCUCUCAAACCCUUCGCCGCCUCUCACAUUCUCUCUCGACCCUCUCUCACAGAUUCCUCUCCCUCUCUCUCUCUCUCACGGAUUGUCUCUCCUUCUGAAACGCUCUCAAACCCUUCGCCGCCUCUCUCAUUCUCUCUCGACCCUCUCUCACAGAUUCCUCUCCCUCUCUCUCAACGAUGGCUCCUUCGACCGGAAUCCCAAACGAAUCCCGUCGUCGCCCGCGCUCUACCGGAUUACAGCUCCCAGAUAUGCGGCAAGGGAGACCUCAGUUGACAUUAUCGGAGCCUUCUGCCAUGGCCCCAUCUUUUUCUCCUCCCAUGUCUGUACCUCCUGGAGCUGUUCCUCACGCAUCUGCCGGCUCUUCAAGUGCAGCGCCUGCGGCUCCUGCCCCUUAUGUCAGGAGAAGAGAAGAUGCUCUGCUACGUGCGCCAUCUAGACGUAACCAGCCACACCUCCAUCCUGACAAGAUCAAUGGAGCAUUGUGGUUUGGUAUUGAUCCUGAAGUCCAUGCUUUUAUCCGAGCAACAUGGCAAGGAAACUAUUGGGGGUCGUGGGCAAGCUGGAACUUCGUUCCACCUGAGAAGAAGGAUCAGUGGUGGCAUGCGUUCAUUCAACACUACUACUGGGAGGACCAAUUCCAUGAUGAAAUCUACUUGAAAUGGAAGAAACAAACUCAGGUUACCGUCUGUGGCCGCAUCAGCCAGAAAAGGAGAGAUAACCGGCAACCUUCCUACAUGUCAGACGCUCACUGGGCAACAAUGGUUGAGAAGUACAACACUGAGCAAGCGAAAAAGAAGAGUGCAAAAGCUGCAAAAUCUCGUAAGUCUGCUCCAGUUGGGAAGAAGAUGCACAAGCACGGUGCAGGCCCACGCUGUUUCCUUAACAUUCAGUAUAAUAUGAUGGUUGAUGAAGGUUUGGAUGAACCACCUUCAUACACAGCCCUUGCGAGGAAGACUCACACGGGUAAAGACGGCUCCUUCUUAGACGAACGUACAGAGGAGCUGGUGCUGGAGGUUGAGGAAGCCGUUGAAGAGAUGUUACAAGAUGGAUCUCCACAUGGCGACAGUCAAACCGACUCCACUGCUGCUUCAAAUGCAAAGCGCUACCUUCUCAACCAAGAAUACAUCAAGAGAGGAAAGACAAAGAAGGGCACAAUCUAUGGCCUUGGCAGUGCUCAGUACAAGAACAGCAGUCCUUCUGUGCCAAUUCCUGUCUCACUCAAGCGCAACCUUGACGUGGAUAUGCGCAUGUCUGGCUUCGAGACCACCAUUUCUGAAGUCAAGGAAGACAUUGCUGGAGUCAAGGAAGAUUUCACUGCUUUGAAGACAGAGAUCAAUGCUUUCAAGACUGAAGUCACAGGGGGGAUGUCUGCAAGCCAAGCAACUCUCAACAUUAUUCUGCAAACUCUCCAAUCUCAAGCUUCCACUCCUGCCUCAACUGCACAACCAUUUCAGCCUCAAGCUCAGCCCCAAGCUCCAGUUCAAUCUCAUCAUCAGCCACAACCUCAAGCUCAGUCUACGGCUCCACCACAACAUCUCUCGACCAAUACCCAUUCUGAUUUAGAUAGGUGGUGCCAAGAACUUGAUAUGUAAGGUUUGAUCAGUUCAUGUAUUAAGCUAUAAUAUUUUGUGUACUUUGGUUCAAAUUCAUGGAUCUUUUGAAUGUUUGAAUGUUUGAAACUUCAACUCUUAUGUAAUAUAUUUCGGUUUCAAUGAUAUUAUGACUUUCUAUUCGCAUAUAGCUUUUUAUAUAAAUUUCAAAUUUGUUUUUUAUAAUUGAUUUUAAUUUUUUUUAUAUAAUUGGUUAAACUAGCCACGAAAUGUUUCGUCAGUAAAACGUAGCAUAUGUUACGAAAGAAACCGUGGCAAAACCGUGCCUGUUGCUACAUUAUAUUUCGUAUCAAAUCGUAGCAAGUUACUGAAAUCGUGGCAAGCGUUGCCACGAAAACUUUCAUAGCAAAACGUGGCACUUUGCUACGAUUUUUGAUACGCGCUCUUUUUGCUACGCUCGUAUACGUACGUUUUACGUUUCGUAGCAUUUCGUGGUUUCUGCUCCGUAUAGCCACGAAAUCUUGGUCAUAGCCACGAAAAUUAACGUGGCUGUAGCGAUGUUUUUUACUAGUGCGCAUGUCUUGUUAAAUAUGCUACGACAAGUUUUGUAACAAAUAUGUAUAAUGACAUUCUAUAGUAAAUACCUUUGUAAGUUAUAUGACCAUUUAAAUAAGUAGUUUGAGAAGGGCUGAAGCUGUCACAUCAGUAUAUGACAUUUCUGUUAAUCACACAUCAAAUAAAGGUUAAAUAUUAAAAUGUUCGUCAAAUAAUAAAAAGAGAAUAUAAAUGUGUAACUCAUGUUUGGACAUACACGAAAGGGACUCGACUGUAAUUCACAUCCUCUUUCUUUCUGUUUCCUUACAAGGUAUGCAAAGCCAAUAAAAUAAUGUAUUGUCACCUAAUUAACUUAUUUUCUAUGUAUAUACAGCUAAAUAGCUCAAUUAAUUUUCAAAUUUUUUUGUGUUGUUUAGAUUCAUAAGUACCGAAAGAAAGCCUUCAUCUCCUGUUUUCUGGUGGUGCAAGCUUGAACCUGUCUUUUCUUCACUGGUCUCAACAUUGUUUUCCGGCUCAAGCUCGCCACCUCUGCUCAAGUCCAAAAGCUCACCUCAUCUCAAGCUCCAAAAAUGUACGAGAUGUCGCCUCCUCUGAAGUUUCGGAAGCUCGUUUCUGCUCCCCGGUGGUGAUGGUUAGUUACAUGAAGGAUGUUGCCAAACCAUGAUAGAGAAGAGACGAUGUGUGUGGCGGAGAAGGUUGUCCUUUUUAUUAGGUUUAGUUUUUUUUCUUAACACAAAGAAUAAUAGUUUUUAAAAAAACAAAGAAUUAUUUACAGAUCUAUACUAUUAUUUGCGAAGUAAAUUUUAGCAACGGAGCUCUUACAUUAAAAGUUAGAGCGGUUAAUAUAUAUAAUACCCUUAAUGAAUAUAUAUAUACUAGGUGUUUUGCCCGCAAUGCGGGCUUA